GCGGUCUUUCGUUUGCCGCGGUUCGGUCUUACUUCGGGCCAGCGGAAGUGACAUGACAAUAACCUGCUUGGAGAGGGAUGGUGUCGUUGCUGAUCUCCGUUUAGCGGAUUCCUUUUAUUUGAAAUAUGAAGUUCGGGAUGUCCUGGGUUCUGGAGCCAGUAGUACUGUACGACGUUGCAUAGAAAAAGACUCUAAAGCCGAAUUCGCUGUUAAAAUUUUGGAUCUUAAUAGUGGUGUCGACAGCUCAGAAGUUAUACGUUCAGAAUGUAUGCGAGAGGUGACAAUUCUUAGAAAAGUAGUCGACCACCCCAAUAUCAUAAGAAUUCAUGAUGUUUUCGAGGGGGAUGCGUACAUAUUUCUGGUCUCAGAAAUUUGUCAAGGUGGUGAACUUUUCGACUAUCUUACCCACAACGUCAUUAUUUCCGAAAAACGUACUCGUGCAAUCAUGCGGCAGCUGUUUGAUGCUGUUAAUUUCAUCCAUGACCGUCAAAUCGUCCAUCGAGAUCUCAAGCCGGAAAACAUUCUUCUUGAUGAAAAUCUUAACAUAAAAGUUACGGACUUCGGGUUGGCUGUAUUUGUUGACGAUGAAGAAGAGCUUAAAGAAACUCGUGGAACACCAGGUUACUUGGCGCCAGAGGUCCUGAUGUGUGGUUACUAUGAAGAUCAACCUCCUUAUGGUCAACCUGUAGACAUUUGGGCAUGUGGUGUGAUUAUGUAUACUCUGUUAGCAGGUUGUCCCCCUUUUUGGAAUCGUAAAGAACAUUUGAUGCUGCGCCAGAUUAUGGAAGGCCGUUUCUCUUUUCCUAGUCCAGAAUGGGAUGAUAUCAGCGAAUCUGCAAAGGAUCUAAUAUGUAAAAUUCUAGUUGUGGAUUCCAGCGUAAGGUUGACAGCUUUAGAUUCAUUGAAUCAUGCAUUCUUCCUACAACAACCUAUAGUUGGAAAGACAGCCUUCAAUGCUAGACAGAAAUUUAAGACUGGUAUGUUGGCUGUCAGUUUUAUAUUUUAUCUACGCCGUUUAAAAGUGGAUGCAGCCUAUUUAAAUAUCAAUCAGUUAUCUAUGGAUCCAUAUUCAAAUAAGAAAUUGCGUAAAAUUAUUGAUACACUUGCCUAUGAUGUUUAUAGUCAAUGGGUUAAAAAAGGUGAAGAACAAAAUCGUGCUGAAUUAUUUGAAAAUGUACCACGUCGUGAUAUGAUUGAUACACCAGAAGCAAUAUUUCACAAUAGUCCAAAGCGUUCAGUGUUAGCCGGUGACUCCGUGAAUUAUACACCUUUUAAUUUUGAAGAUGAAGAUGAUGAAGAUAUCAGGAUACCGAUUAGAAUUGAUUAUUAAUAAACCCUUUAUUACAGUCUGUAGUCUAAAUUUAGCCCCCGCCCUACCUCCUCUUUCUCUCAAUAUAUAUAUAUAUAUAUAUAUAUAUAUAUAUAUAUAUAUAUAUAUAUAUAUAUAUA